GCUGCUACUAGUUGUACAGUUCUCUUUCAGUUUAUAUCAGCAAGCCCAAUGGAGUCUUCUAAAGGACCUAGUCAGGUUCACAGAGCAAAGUUAUUACAAGUCCCCACUGGAAAUGAUUUCACUUCAGAGGACGAAGAUGUUAAUAUUGACAUUAAACUUCGUUUCUCCCCACGUCCCCGAAGACGGAAUUCUUCAGCUUCAGAGGAAGAGGAGGCAGAUACUCCCACCAACAUCUCAAGAAAAGUUUCAUUUGCUGAUGCAUUUGGGUUUGAUCUUGUGUCUGUUAAAGAGUUUAAUAUCUGGGAAUUUCCAAAUACAGGACAAGAAAAUGAUAUGGAAGAAGAAGUUUUUCCUCAAGAUGAAUACUUUUUGUCCCAGCAGUUUACAUUGCCUGCUUCUCAAGAAGAGCUUUUACAAAAAGUGCGAGAGCAGAAAGUAAUGUUGGAGUCAGUCCUCUUCCUGCCUGGGAUUACCUGUAUGAACGGCAUUAUACGAGUCCUCAAUGUAUCCUUUGAAAAGCAGGUGUACGUUCGAAUGACAUUGAAUAACUGGCUCAGUUAUUAUGACAUCCUCGCAGAGUUCAUGCCUAAUUCUUGUGGUGGUGAAACAGACCAGUUUUGCUUUAAGAUUUCCUUGGUGCCUCCUUUCCAGGAAGAUGGAACUAAGGUGGAAUUCUGUAUACGCUAUGAGACAUCAGUUGGUACCUUCUGGGCAAACAAUGAUGACAAAAAUUACACACUGAUUUGUCACAAGAAAGAAACUGUGCCCAAGGUGGAUAAUAAACCCCAGAAAGAGGUUACAGAUAGGUGUCUUAAAGGCUGCUUAAAGACAACACAAAGCAGAAAAGAAGAAAUAUUGGCAACAUCUGAUGAUGGCACAUGGAAUAACUCAAGGACUUCAGACACAAACAUCCCAGAGAUUGUUUAUUCACAAGCAGAAGACAAAGACACCAAACUAGCUAAUGAAAAUAUAAAAGAGAAAAAUGCAGAAUACAGCCAGGGUGAUCACAAAGAUGAUGAAGAAGAAUUAGAGUUGCUGUUAAAUCAGCACUUCACAGGAGCUAGAGGUACCUCUUCCAGAGAUGAAAGGAAUUUAUACACAACAGAACCAAUUAAUUUUCUAAGUGAAACUGAAAGAUUGGUGAAAAAGCUAACCUGUAUAGAAAGAAGCGGUGACUUGCACCCUGUGCCUAUCAGAUCCUCAUCUGAAAACUCUUCACAUGCGAUAGGAGAAGAACUAAAAGAUAAAGCUAAGUAUUCUGUGAGAGAUUAUAAUAAUCAGCUAACAGGGAAGGAAGUCACUGCUGGCUCAGUAAACAGCUAUGGGCGGUCUUUGGAACAUACUGGUACCAGUGAAAGCCUUUUAUUGGCAAAACAUUUUCCUCUGACAAAGCAGAAUGAGGCUAUCAAUUUUAUGGAUACUGGCUCAAGCCAACAAGGAGAGAGGCACACAGAUAUUUCAAAAGGUGAAAUAGAUAGUGCCUCAGGAAAUAAGAUGAUGGAGAGGUUAUUCAUCAGUGAGGAUGCUGCUGGUACCUCAAAAGGGGCCUGUGAAACGAGACCAGAAACCAUUUUGCCAGAGCAUGAUGAAUCCGUGCAAUUAAAUGCAUGCAUAGCAAGGACGCUGGAUGGUAACGCUAAUCCAGCUCUGGAGCACCGGGCACCACAAACGUCUCACCAGACUUUGGAUUCAUUGUUGUCAGAUGCUGACAGAAAUGAAGGAAAAAUCAAGAAGAUUGAAAGCAAAGUUCAGGUACAUUUAAGAGGAGAUUUAUAUGUCAGCACUUUUGAACGUGCUGGUGUCUCAACAGAUUCCUCACAAAAAAAAGGAGCUGGUGAAAUGUCAGAAAAGAACACUGAUUUAGGGAAGCAGAAGAAAGUCGUUGAAGUGGCAGACUUGGCAUCAAUUGGUGAGGAGGAAGCAUACAAGCCUUUCAGGUCACACGGGAAACACAAUGCCAAAGCCCUGAACUCAGCACCUCUGCCAGCUGAGAACAACAAGCAGGCACCCAGGGCCACCAGCGUGGAUGAAAGGCGACCUGAGAACACUCAGGAGCUCAGAGGAUUCAGGAGGUUAAAAGACCGAGAGAAGUUAGAUGACUCAAAUAAAGGGAGACCAACUGGAAAGGAAAGUGAAGCAAACUUUGCAGAGCAGAGGUGGCAAGAAACGGGGAGUGAGGCUCUGUGGAGUGUGAGGGGGAGCAUGGAACCACAGACCGUGACUUCCACAAAGGAAUUGUUUGCCUGCCAGGAGGCAGAGAGUUGUGAAAAGUCUUCUCUCUCUGAGCAGGUUAUUACAGAGAAAACAGAGGCAGGUACAGCUUAUAUAAUUAAAACAACAUCAGAAAGUGCUCCAGAAAAAAUGCCUGGCAGUGAAAAAGCAGUAAUUGUUAAGCUACCUCGAGAGACUGCACUAAGUGACAGGCCCACAGAGGAAAAGGAAACAGCGUUUGAUACACGUGAAGGGAGAAAUGAUGGUUCACAUUAUGCUCUUUGUCAACUCAACACAGUGGGUGUAUUAUAUGACACUGAAUUUGAAAAGGAAUCAGUUUUAGGUAUUUAUAAUGCAUGCGUACAUGAAACACUGCAAGGAGAAAUGAAGCCUGUAUGCAAUAGCAGGGAAAAAUGUGCCAGAGCACAACCAGAUAAUAUUCUACCUGUAGGAGAAGCAGUAAAGGCUUCUGCUACAGGAGAGAAAGAUUUGCAGGAGGGUUUAUGUUCAGAAGUACCUGAAAGCCCCCUGAGUACUCAGAAGCAUCUAUACCUUGAGAAAGCAGAAGAGCUCUACAGGGAAGAACGCCAUGGUGAUACACUUUCCUGUUUAUGUUCUAAAGCUGAAACAAAAAUGCCACCUUCUGGUACAAAUACUGUGCCUACUUACAGUUAUAAAAGCUCUUCAGUGACAUCUUCAGAAGGGCCCACUGUGGAAAGAGGCAGGGAGCACCUGCAUAGAUACUUUGAAUCCAAAGUCAUUGAGAAGGUAGUUGCUGAGUCAGGGUACAAUUUAAAUCUAACAGAGGAAAUUACAUGUAUUAAAACAAGCUGCUCUCCUGAAGUUGAGAAAGAAGUACCUUCCACUUCAGACACAGCAAUUUUUGGAGAAGGAAGAGGAAGGAAUACAGGUCAAUUUUUCCAUCAAGCAGAGCUCCAGCAAGAGAAGUCAUGGAAGCCAGAGGCUUUCAUUAGUAAGUCUACCAAAGAAAAUAGAAGAACAGACUCUCAAGCUGACCAUUUAAUAACCGAAGAGAAAACACUAAACUGGCUUAAUGACUCACAGAAAGAAAGCCAAUACACUUCUGAUUCUGCAGAUAUUUCUAACCAGAAGAGUGAAGUGCUUAAGUUACCUAGUGAGUCUCCAGGUCUAAAACAUAUUGCUUUCAAAAUAUUUUAUUUCUUCUUGUUUCUUCUAUUUGCUGCAACACUCUACCACUAUGAUUUGAUGGUCUGCCUUGCACUCUACCUGUUCUCCGUGUAUUGGCUAUACCACGAAGGAAGACGAAACAAGGAGUCUGUCAAGAAGGAAUAACAGACUGUCAGCUGUGCUCAGGAUCCAUGGUCAAUAACCUCCAAUUCCACCACAGCAUUUUCAUUGUUAAAGAGUUUAUUCUUUGCUAGAACCAAAGCAAGAUUUCCACAGCAGCAUCUUUUACUAAGAGAUCACAUAUAAAGUUGAGCCUUCAUGUAAGUAAUUAAACUAUGCAGGACCAUUUUGUUUGGAUCAUUAAAUACCUAUAUGAAGAUGAGUUCUGAAGCACAUCAAGUUAAAAUGAAGUACAGCUGUUGCUUCUUAGCAGGAUAUGAAGAAGCAACGUUUCAUGUCUCCAUAGUACUUAAGCCCACCACUUACUUGCUUUAAUUUCUUUUGCAUCAAAGCUUCAUAUUUUUCUGGGAAGUUUUUUCCUAAGAUUCUGUGUGGUACAUAACAACACAAGGAACAAUAUCAAACCUAAGUCAGUAUUUUGGUGCUGACAUUGCAGUUGAUAAUCUGCUAGUGUAAUUAGCCAAUGCUCUAAGCAAUGCAUCUGUUGAUAGUUUAAUGCAUUUUUCCAAAUUUUUAUUUCAUUAUUUUGACUUAGAGCUUCAGCAGUACCCCUGUUUGAAAAGUGUAAGGCUUUGACUUCAAUAACGUCAUGUAACUUCCAGGAUAUAACUGUGUAGCAGAAUAGAUGUGCUGUUUCCACCCUGUAAAGAUUGAAGGUCACAGCCACAGGCCUCUUACUGAUCACUCACAUGCACGAAAAUUUUUUGGGUUUUGCAAAUGAGGACUGAGUAACAUGACUGAGAAUUUCACUGAACGGUUAUUCUGGGCAAAGCCUUUAAGUGACAUUUUUCGUCAGAAUUGCUUGAGCGUAUCUACAAAGCAUUAAAUAAAUGUUACAAAGGAAUGCUAUAACUGUGUGGAGCAUGUCUGAAUUAGAUUUACUGCUUUUUUCCCUAUGGCUUGCAACCUAGAGAUAAAAAAACACCAAGAGAGAGCACUGAGCAUGACCCUGCGGUCCAGGGAGGCUAUUUUGUCUGGUUUGGGUAAGGCAGAAAAGACUGCAGGGCAGUCAGAAUCUGCCCUAAGGAGAGCCCAAAUUGACCCUGUGCAGCAGUUCUGUGGGGUAAACACAUAGGCAGCUUUGCUGCAUGGUGUCCCACACUGCAGGUGUCCCACACAAGAUCAAGCCCAAUUUUGUCCAGAAGGAAAAGAAUGGACAGGUUAUGAUGCUCUUCAGCCAUUUCCCAGAGGAUAUUCAGAGAUGCUAUCACAGGUAGGAUAUUAAAAGAAGCACCAAGACUGCAUAAUGUCUCUGAAGCCAUAGAAAUUAAGAAGGUAAAAAAGUUGUUUUAAAGCUGUUUGUUUCACUUUCCUUACUACCACUGUGAAAUACCCUAACUGAAAGUCUUGGUUGCAUAUCUGACUGGUUAUGUAAUAGCAGAAUUAUUUAGUUGUUAGCUUAGCUCUGGAAUAAAUGUUUUAAAGUCUAUGUAAAACUUAUUCACAUAUUUCAGGAUGAUAGAAAACUCUUUUAUAGGAGGCACCUUGGCAUUCCUGUUCUGCAGGAAUGUAAAACUUUGGAACAUUUUCAUUUAGCAGUGCAUUCAGUGGGGUGAGCAAGUAUGUGUGUGAUCUAUUGCUAAUAGGUGUUUUGAUGGCUGGAUACCUUGAAGACUUCUGAGAGCAAUCCAUGAAUGAGUUAUAGUGAUGGGCUAGAGGCAUUAAGGAGCUACCCCAAGGGUUGUGUCCAGAUGUUCAAAGGUAUAUAUGAGGAAAAUAUUCAUUGAGAUAAAGAAAUUAAUUCAAUAGGCAUUAGGAGAUGAAUCCAAUAAAAAGCUUAGGCUUAGACUUAAAGCAGGAUUGAAGUUAAAUCAGUGUAAGUCCAAAGUAAUGAUUGCAGACCUUCCUUUAUUUGGAGACAACAAAUGCUGAAAGAACCUAUUCUUUUCAUGAUGUUUAUACAUCUCCAAAAAGCACAACAUUGCCUUACUUCUGGUGGUUUACCUCCUGCAGUGUGACAAGUCCCUGGUCUAAGUGGAUCAGAUUUUCAGCUUCACUGGGAUAGAGACAUCAGGUAUUGCUUUACUUCAUAGUAUGGUGAAAACUCUGAAAUAACACCUACUAUAUUCUGACAGAAUCAAGGUCCUUAGACAGAGGGAUAAAAAGUGAAGAAAGCAUCCUGUACCUGUCCUGCUGAAAGUCUCACAAUGCCAGAUUCCUCAAGUGAGAGAAAUCAAAGACAUUGGACACAUUUCAAUCUUACAAUUAAAACAACCAUGGCAGAAAGUAAAAUCUUUAGAUUCAGUCAGCAGUUAAAAGCCCCAACAAUCUAAUUUACCGCAUGGCUUUUUAAAGCAAAAUUCAUAAACUUCAGAGCAAGGACCAAAGUCCAGGUUCCUGACUGGUUAGGUAAGAUCUCAAACUAAGUCACAGGAUUCAAACCCAUGUUUGAAUAUCUUCAGCUUUACCAAACCCGGGCCUUUCAUCCAGCAGAAUGUACUGUUGGAGUAGUAUUAUUAUGAGGAGUAGUAUUAUUAUGAGGAGAACUGUGCUCACCGGGGUUUGGCAGUACCGCUGUGCAUAGAUGGUUUCCUACUUUCUCAGCUGAAUAAAACUGAAAAUGGUUCUCUGCACAGAACAAUAGAUAUUUUUUUUUUUACCAUUUGAGGCUAGAGACUCAUUUGAUGCUCCCAUCACAGAGGAGUUUUCUUUUCCCAGAACUUGUCCAUUUUUAAGAGAGGUCUUAAUCUGACACAGUCUAAAUCACUAAGCACCUGAGACAGCUAAAGAACUUUAAAUGUCUUGGACACAUGCCUUGUUUUAAGCAGAGCUGUCACCAUGGAAGUAGAAAAGCCUGGUUGUGUUUUUCUAUUGAAUCUUGGGGUUUCUAUGCAGUGUGCAUUUUAAGGAUCCUUUUGCUCCUUCUCACAGAAGCAUAGACAUCCUUGGACCCAUAGUAGAGCCAUACAUUUGUGUGGUAGUUGUCUGUAUGUAAUCUGCAAGGUGAAAAUUUUGUUUCCUAUGCAUUUCAGCCCAUAAUAUUUGGUUCAUUGUCAAAGGCUCAGCUCAGCUGAUUAAAGAGCAAGAAAAGGGUUAGAGAUGAUUGAUGGACCCAGGACCAUGGGUGGAGGAAAGUCAGUGAAUUGAAUCAGUCUCCGGACAACAGAAAAAUGUUACAUAGAGCUCAGUAGAGUCAAUAUGACCUGCAAAAAAAUUGCAAGGGAUAGAUAGAGAUGAUCUAUUAAUACAGACGUUCAUGAAAAACUAGUGGGCUUUUAAUAUGUGUCAUAUUUUAAACAAUUCCUAAAUAUCAGCUAACAUUUAGCUAAAUUACUUCAAUCUCUACAGAAAGUGUGCUUUAAACAGCUGUAUUCCUGUAAUCAACAGGUUAAACAUCUGGGUUUGCCAUUUUAACACGUACAGUCAUUCAGAGUUGGAAUUUAGGGUAAAUAUUUGAGUGUUAGGAUAAGCAUAUUUCAUCUACACACAAGUGGAAUACUGUUAGCAUUUCUCAGAUUUGGAUUGGGAUUUUAUGUUCUAUAUUUAAAAUAUUUAAUCAGCAUAUCGUACCUUAUGAUUGCAAAACAGGACUCAAGACUGAUCUGUGAGCACAGGUGCCCGAACUUUAAAAUAUGUAUGUGCUUAAAACAACAAAGCAAGUAAUUUUAUCUUCUUUUAUUUAUCAUUUGAUAAGCGAUCUUUUAAAAAUCUUCUUACUUUUGUUUCUAGUAUAGAAGAAACACCUUUAUAACAUUGGCAAAGUAUUGGGUUUUGCUUACUUUAGGGAAUAAAUGGUGUGUUGUGCUCUUGCAAUGAUUCAUAUUUAUCUUGCCUACAAGGCAGCAGUAACAUAUUUCUAGUUAAUACUUUAAUUUCUAGUAGAUUCUAGUUAUUUCUUACAGAAAGAAGGUGCAAUCCUAGAUGGUAGGGUAAUCCUGUGGUCACAAAGGAUUUGACUCUGGUACAAUAUAGUGAUCAAAAAUAAUAUAAUUUAAAAAGGCUUCCUUGCAUUAUUGCAAGGUAUAUGAGGUGUAUCUACAUUCCAUACCAUGGCAGGCAUGUCCCAUGGCUAUUAUCCAAACUGCACAUGUAACAAAUAAAUUAAUUUUCAUAUUGUGGCAUGUCUAAUCUGUUGAAUUGGCUUAAAUAUAAAUUCAGGGCAGAAGAGAAGAAUUUCUGCAUUCAGAUAUCUUGCUAGGAGGUAGUCAGAAGAAGCUGCAUCAUUAAUGACUUGUUGUUGCUAAUUGCUUGCUAGUUCUUAUCCAUCAGUGACUUUUGGCUCAACAGAGGAUAGGCUCUGAAACAAUCUACAGCCUUUAAAGUCCUAGUUAAUAUUGGAAAUUAAAAAAUAAAGAGGACAGAGUAUGAACUAGAUCCCUAAAGGAAGGUUAAUAUGAUGAUGUUCUGAGUCACUAUACUAGAUUUUAUAUGCCAAAUAAUAUAUACACCCCUGAAUAAAACACCUGAACUCUCUAGUCAUUGAACAUAUGAAUGAGAAUCAAAAGAGACAAUGUGUUAAAUAUGGAACUGUCAAAUUUUUCUAAUAAAAACCCCUGAUGGCAGAGUUAGGUCGUACACCCUUGCCCUACCAGGGGGAUUUAGUUACUGCUGGGCAGGGACAUGCUUUUUUCAGGUCAGGUUCCAUAUUCUGCAGCCCUCUUGUGCACUGAGGUACCUAAACAGCUGCCUUCAGGAACAGGAUACUUUGCAGAAAACAAACCUAGAGUUUUGGGACAAGAGAAAGAGAAAGUUUAAUCCCUUAAGCCAUAGAUUGGAGGGAUAUUUUGAUAUAAACUUUGUUCCAAGAAUAACUCAUGCAUCUUAUGUGAAAUUCUAUUUAGAUAAAAUACAAAAACAAGACCUUUACAUCUCUUCAGUGAGGUCUACUUCUUCCUUAGACUAUAAAUUAACUUUUCCAGGCCUACAUCAGUGCCUCAUCAAUCAGGAGUGGAGAAUUGGUCUAGUCAUGACCUGUGAAUUUCUCUCUUAGACCUAUAAAGGUGCUUAAAUCCCAGCACAGUUCCACUUCAGGAAAACAUGUCCUUUUGUGACUCCCAGCUGUGCUUGCUAAGACUUGCAGCUCUUCUGAGAGCAUUGUCUGCAAAGGAGACCUAGAGCUAUAUGGAUAAUGACAGGACUCAAAACGUCUUUCUGAUCUAGGAGGUCUUGAUGCUGCUGAGGAUUCAGAAUUCAGGUAGGUGUCAAGGGAGAUUUUUUGACCAAAACUAAAUGUGCCUGAGUGAGGACAGUAUUUGUCAAAAACAUAAGGAGAUUGAAGGGAACAGAUAAUUUGUGAGUUCAGAGUAGGUAUGAACCAGGUGAGCUGAGCUAUUUUACAAGUGUGAUAUGUGUGAUUUGGUGGUACAUGAGAUAUGUGUGUUCAUGUGUAUAUGGGUGGCCCUAGGAAAAGGGAAUGGGAAGGUGAGAACUAGAUUCCAUAGAGGAAUGGAAAAGAAAUAGUAAACAGAAUGUCUAAUUGGAAAGUUUUCUCUAGAGACAUGAAAGUUUACUAAGUUCUGAGCAGGUUGGACAGACAACACAAAUAUGGUAUUAGCUAUAUAACGUAUAAAAAUUAAAAUACAUGCUAACUUCUUUUUGUAACUUAUCAACUGCCACUUAAUGGAAUUAUAGUGGAGCAUAUCUUGCCCUUGACCUUAAUAUUCAGUGAUUCAAGAUUAGAGCAUCGCUCUGAGGACUAGAAACACAGCCUCCUUCUCAGGAUGUUCUUACCCUCCAGGGGGACAGCCUCAGGCUGGAGCCACAAACCUACCUCAUGUCUGUUUAUGCAGGUCAGUCCCCAAUGACAUGAAGCUAUGUGUGUCAGGAGAAAACAAGAGUAUGUGUCAGACAGUGCUUAUUAGUGCAGAAAUAUAAAACUACCUGAAAAUAGUGAAGCUCCCACAAUCCCUGUGUUGUCUGGUAGUUCAGAGCCAUGUAGGAGCUUCUCUGAUUUUCUAGUAGCAAACAUGGCUGCAGGACAUUUAGAUUCCUAAGGACUACAGGGCAGGAGCAUGUCUUGAAUAUAUGUGAUCACAGGGAGAUCAUAGGGCACACAGGCUCAUUUAAGCCACUAUACAAGCUUAUCAGAUGGAAAUUUCUGAUCCCCUCUACCAGUGAUCUUUCUGGGGCUGCUAGCUGCUUGUGCUCCUGGCACUACCUUCUCCAGUGAAGGACAGAAGGCAGCUCCAUACUGCAGAUUUUCCGGUGUCUCUGAAGGGGAAAUGAGAACUUCUGAGGAAAAGACAAAAGUUACCCUAUUAAGUAAGUCUCCUUUAUUAGGGAGGAAUCCUUUCUGCUUCUAGGGCAACCAUGGACAAUUAGGAGUGACCUGAACUCUUUAAAAACAAAAAACAAUGAUUGGCUUGGGGGAAAGUUCCGAUUAAGCUCCUCAGAAACUCCUUAUUUAUUCAUACAAGCUAUGUACCUGUCUGUCCCUCUGUGCCAUGAAUGAACCAAGAUCCCUGACUGAUAAAGGACAAGAGCAGGAGGCCUCUUGUAUAGGUUUCAUACCUCCUUGAAUGGUCUUGGCUGUUGAAUGGUCUUAGGGCAGUUAGGCACACUAAGCAAGGCAUAUGGGAAAUGUCUCAGCAGUCACAAGUCUUGGCCUGUACCCAUCUUAAUUUCAUGUUUUGGGAGACAGAAGUAAGGCUUUUGUAAGAGCUUUAUAAGAUUAGGUGUGAAAGGGAAAUACUGCUUGAUAAAUUACUGGUUUAUCAAGCAGUUUUAUAAAAAUUUGUGACAUAAUUUUAGUGUCUAAUCCCUCUAUAUAAUGCAGCAUUUUGGUAGAAUUAUGGCAGAAUUACUAAUAAAGCUUAUAGAUUAGAAGAAAGAAUGGAAGAUAAAAAUAGCAGGAAAAGAGAGGGAGAAAGCAAGGAAGCAAGCAAGCAGGCAUGUGCCUGCACUGUUCCAUAGUAGACAAGAGAUUUAUAAAUGGGAAAAUUAUCUUUUUCUGAGUUCAGGUUGAAUUUGUGAUUAACCACUGUUCUUUAAGCCAUGCUGCACUCCAGACAAGAGCACAAACACAGACGAGUCUUUUUAUUUUCCCACCUUGUAUUUUAGUAACAAAAAAAAAACCAAAAAAACCAUCAGUAUUAGAAAGCCAGUUAAUAAAGGCUUUGUUUCUGGGGGCAGAGGCAAUGCCUCUGUUAACCUUGCAGGUGAGGUGGGCAGGCUGCUGUAAAUGCAGUGUUCGGAUGGUGUGGCCAGGAUGUGCUCACAGCCUGCUUUGCUGGGACUGUGCGUUUCACAUACACCCACUCAUGUGGCCAUUAGCAACCACUUGAGCUACCUGUGUCCUUGCCUGCAAUCUUAUGCUUAGUGUGCAUGGUAAACUGCAUGUACAGCAAUUCACUGUGCUAUUCAUUACAUGAUAUAUAAUUUGGUAUAAAGAAAUGUUUAAAUAAAUUGUUAUUAUUUUGAAAUUAUCAAACAUUGGAAGACAUACAGUGUAAGAAACUCAACACUAUCAACUGCAGCUGUGACCUUUUAGACUAACUGGUCUGAACAGACUUACACCUGCAGCUGUAUAUCAUCCUUUAACAUAAACAUAUCAAGUGAGAAGCAAACAUGGUGUUUUUUAUAAAGUGUGUUGUCUGAUACAGCAUAAAGUAAUAGCAUGACUUGCUAUGUACUUUCCUUUUAAUUCUGAAAAAGUCAAGAAUUUAUACAUUCAAUAAAAAUUGAUUUUAAUUUAGAUUAAUGACAACUGCAAUCUCAUUAAUUGUAUUUUUAAUAAACCAAUGCUGAACUGUG